AUGUCACCAUUUGCAGUUGCUAAAGCAUUGGAAAGUGUAGUUGGCAAGAACUACAGCGCCAAGAAGCUGAGCAGUGGUGACAUUCAAGUCCAAGUGGAGAACCGAAAACAAAGUAAUGCACUGUAUUCCCACACCCACAUCGAAGAAACAGCUGUAACCGUAAGCUCUCACCGCUGUUUGAACAUCGUAAGAGGUGUGAUAUCUGAGAGUGAACUACUUGAGUGCUCAGACUACGAACUUGAGGAAGGGCUGGCUGACGAGGGUGUAGUCUCAGCAAAACGAAUCGUGAUGCGCAGAGAUGGGAAAGAGAUUCCCACGAAACACGUAGUCCUGUCUUUCAAGCUCCACAGUCUUCCAUCAACAAUCAAAGCUGGCUAUCUAAACUGUCAUGUGAGGGCAUAUAUCCCCAAUCCAAGACGCUGCUACAAGUGCAAGAAGUUUGGCCACGGUUCGCAUGUGUGUCGUGGACAGGCUGUCUGUGCAAGGUGUGCUGGUAAAGACCACUCGUCAGAGACAUGCUCAAAUGAUAUCCGUUGCACCAACUGUGAAGGUAGCCACCCCACGUACUCCAGAUCCUGUCCUUUCUGGCAGGAGGAGAAACAGGUUCUCAAAAUAAAGUUUGAGCAAAACGUCACGUACCGAGCGGCGAGAGCCCAGCUACAGUUCCAGAAGAAAUGA